AUGCAUGAGCCAGCAGUGCCUGCGACGGCCAGAUUCAACUUCCCAAUGCGCGGCAGCCCGCAAAUGCUGACCGCACCGGGCGGCGCGCAGGGCCGAGCCAAGAAGGUGGCCCUGAAGCCCGGGUUUUCUCCGCUUGACUGGGCGCGCCUGGUAAAGUCCGGCGAGAACCUAUCCGGAGUCCCAGUGCCCCGGCCCUACACUAUGGACGAGGUCAAGCUGCACAACAAGCGCGACGACUGCUGGAUGGUCAUCGGCAACAAAAUCUACAACGUCACCAGAUACAUGGACUUCCAUCCCGGGGGCAAGUCUCAGCUAAUGCGCGCCGCCGGCAAAGACGGCACAAAGCUGUUCUACGAAUCACAUGCUUGGGUCAACCCAGACAACAUCUUAGGCCCAUGCCUGGUGGGAUUCGUCGCUGGCCCAGGAGGCUUCUAA